AGCGAGCUCUUUUCAAGCAGCAACUCGAGCUCUUUGCACGCUACCUCAAGAUGGAUUUGCGUGCUGGUGACAAGGCCGCUUUGGCCACCAAGCAGAACGAAGCUGCUCUCCAAGCCCAGCUCGACCUCUGGACCACCGAACAUGGCGAUUUCUACGCUGCAGGUAUCGCACCUUCAUUCAGUCCUCUCAAGGCCCGUGUCUACGACUCAUCAUGGAAUUGGGCGAGACAAGACGCGCUGAAGAUGUACUAUGAUAUUAUCUUUGGACGUCUGACAGCUGUCGAUCGCGAGAUUGUCUCCCGUUGCAUUCUCAUCAUGAACAGGUCAAAUCCGAAAUUGCUCGAAUUCAUGCAAUACCACAUCGACCACUGCCCGACCGAGAAGGGUGAGACCUACGAGCUGGCGAAAGAACUUGGACAGCAACUCAUCGAGAACUGCCGCGAUGUCCUCGGCGAGGCUCCUGUCUACAAAGAUGUCGCUCUUCCUACCGCACCACACCUCACCAUCGAUCCUCGCGGUAACAUGAACUAUGAGGAGGCACCACGAGCUAGCGUUCGCAAGCUCGAGCAUUACGUCCGCGAGAUGGCAGAUGGUGGCAAGAUCUCAGAAUAUGGAAACCGCACCAAGGUUCAGAACGAUUUGCAGCGAGUGUACAGACUCAUCCGCCAGCAACACAAGCUCUCCAAGUCCUCACAGCUCGAGAUUAAGCAGUUAUACAGCAACAUCGUCCGCUCGCUCUCUAUGAACGAGGGCCAGAUCAUGCCUGUUGAGAAUGGCAAGCUCAACGGCCACGUCAAAAAGGGCCGCAAUCCUCGCAUCAACGGUGCUGCCAUUCCCAAGCAGGGCAAGGUGGAGACCGUUCCAUUCUUGCACCUCAAGCGCAAGGAAGAGCAUGGAUGGGAAUACAGCAAGAAGCUCACCAGCGUCUACCUAGACGGCCUCGAGCAGGCAGCCAAGUCUGGUGUCACGUACCAGAACAAGAAUGUCCUCAUGACUGGUGCAGGCGCAGGCUCCAUCGGUGCUGAGGUCCUUCAAGGUCUCAUCAGUGGUGGUGCGAAGGUCAUUGUUACCACAUCUAGAUUCUCUCGAGAAGUCACCGAGUACUACCAGGCGAUGUACGCUCGCUAUGGCGGACGCGGUUCACAGCUUGUCGUUGUGCCCUUCAACCAGGGUAGCUUGCAGGACGUGAACGCUCUCGUCGACUACAUCUAUGACGAGAAGAAGGGUCUCGGCUGGGAUCUGGACUACAUCGUUCCUUUCGCUGCCAUCCCGGAGAACGGUCGCGAAAUCGACAGCAUCGACAGCAAGUCUGAACUCGCUCACCGUAUCAUGCUUACCAACCUGCUCCGCAUGCUUGGUGCUGUCAAGACCCAGAAGGCCACACGUGGCUUUGAGACCCGUCCAGCUCAAGUCAUUCUGCCUCUCUCGCCCAAUCACGGUACUUUUGGUAAUGAUGGCCUCUACUCCGAGUCCAAGUUGGCACUCGAGACUCUCUUCAACCGAUGGCACUCUGAGAGCUGGGGCAACUUCCUCACCAUCUGCGGUGCUGUCAUUGGUUGGACUCGUGGUACCGGACUCAUGGGCGGCAACAACGUUGUCGCUGAAGGCGUGGAGAAGUUUGGCGUCCGCACCUUCUCUCAGCAGGAAAUGGCUUUCAACUUGCUCGGCCUCAUGGCUCCAGCGAUUGUCAACCUGUGCCAGCAGGAGCCUGUCUUCGCUGAUUUGAACGGUGGUCUUCAAUUUCUGCCAAACCUCAAGGACUUGAUGACCAAGCUGCGCAAGGACAUCACCGAGACGUCUGAGAUCCGCAAGGCAGUCACUCGCGAGACUGCUCUCGAGAACAAGGUCGUCAAUGGUGAGGACAGCGAGGCUCUCUACAAGACUGCUAAGGUUGCGAAGCGUGCCAACCUCAAGUUUGACUUUCCCAAGCUCCCAGACUGGAAGACCGAGAUUGAGCCACUCAAUGGCGACCUCAAGGGUAUGGUCGAUCUUGAGAAGGUUGUCGUGGUCACUGGUUUUGCAGAAGUUGGACCAUGGGGUAAUUCCAGAACCCGAUGGGAGAUGGAGGCUUACGGCCAGUUCUCUCUUGAGGGCUGCGUUGAGAUGGCCUGGAUCAUGGGUCUCAUCAAGAACUUCAACGGUCAACUCAAGGGCAAGAGCUACUCUGGCUGGGUUGAUGCCAAGUCUGGCGAUCCCGUCGACGACAAGGACGUCAAGGCUAAGUACGAGAAGCACAUCCUGGACCACUCUGGCAUCCGUCUCAUCGAGCCCGAGCUGUUCAAUGGCUACGACCCAAACAAGAAGCAGCUCAUGCAGGAGAUCCAGAUUGAGGAGGAUCUCGAUCCAUUCGAGAGCUCAAAGGAGACUGCCGAGGAGUUCAAGCGUGAGCACGGCGAGAAGGUGGAGAUCUUCGAACUCGAAUCUGGCGAGUUCCAGGUCCGUCUGAAGAAGGGUGCCACUCUGCUUAUUCCAAAGGCCCUCCGCUUUGAUCGCCUCGUUGCUGGCCAAGUGCCCACCGGUUGGGAUGCCAAGAAGUACGGCGUGCCAGACGACAUCAUCUCCCAAGUCGACCCAGUCACGCUCUACGUGCUCGUCACCACUGCCGAGUGUCUGUUGUGCUCUGGUAUCACUGAUCCGUACGAGUUUUACAAGUAUGUUCACAUCUCAGAAGUCGGUAACUGCAUAGGUUCUGGUAUUGGUGGUACUACCGCCCUUCGUGGAAUGUAUAAGGACCGCUUCCUUGACAAGCCGCUGCAGAAGGACAUCCUUCAAGAGUCCUUCAUCAACACCAUGAGCGCCUGGAUCAACAUGUUGCUCAUCUCUUCCACUGGUCCAAUCAGAACUCCAGUCGGUGCUUGCGCCACUGCUGUUGAGUCCAUCGAUAUUGGUUACGACUGUAUCGUGGAAGGGAAGGCUCGUAUGUGCUUUGUUGGUGGGUUUGAUGACUUCCAAGAGGAAGGCUCAUACGAGUUCGCCAACAUGGGCGCCACCAGCAACGCCAAGACCGAAUUUGAGCACGGCCGCACACCAAAGGAGAUGUCACGACCAACCACUACCACCCGUAGUGGCUUCAUGGAGUCUCAGGGCUGUGGUAUGCAGGUCAUCAUGGACGCUAAGCUUGCUCUCGACAUGGGUGUGCCGAUCUACGGUGUCCUCGGCUACACUGCUACUGCCACUGACAAGAUCGGUCGCUCUGUGCCAGCUCCUGGUCAGGGUGUGCUGACCGGUGCCCGUGAGCAGCAGAGCAAGUUCCCAUCGCCACUUCUUGACAUCAAGUACAGAAAGAGACAACUCGACCUCCGCAAGAAGCAGAUCAAGAACUGGCAGGAGUCUGAGCUCAUGUACCUGCAAGAAGAAGUUAAUGCUAUGAAGCAGCAGGGCAACGAGUUCAACGAGACCGAGUACAUGGAGGACCGUGCCAACCACAUUGAGCGUGAGGCAAGACGCCAGGAGAAGGAUGCCCUGCAAAGCCUUGGCAACAACUUCUGGAAGCAGGAUCCUCGCAUUGCUCCUCUUCGUGGCGCUCUUGCUACCUGGGGUCUUACCAUCGACGACCUCGACGUCGCCUCCUUCCAUGGAACAUCCACUGUCGCCAACGACAAGAACGAGUCCGACGUCAUCUGUCAGCAGAUGCAACAUCUAGGCCGCAAGAAGGGCAACGCUCUUCUUGGUAUCUUCCAGAAGUACCUCACUGGUCACCCCAAGGGUGCUGCCGGUGCCUGGAUGUUCAACGGAUGUCUGCAGGUGCUCAACUCUGGUCUCGUGCCGGGCAACCGCAACGCCGAUAACGUUGACAAGGUGCUCGAGAAGUUUGACUACAUCGUCUACCCAAGCCAGAGCAUUCAGACUGAUGGCAUCAAGGCCUUUUCAGUCACGUCCUUCGGUUUCGGUCAGAAGGGUGCCCAGGCCAUUGGUAUCCAUCCCAAGUACCUGUAUGCUGCACUUGACCACGCCCAAUUCGCGACCUACAAGCAGAAGGUCGAGGCGCGCCAGAAGAAGGCAUACAGAUACUACCACGAUGGCCUCAUCAAUAACACCAUGUUCCGCGCCAAGACCAAAUCGCCUUACGAAGAUGACCAGCAGAGCAAGAUCUUCCUCAACCCAGAGGCUCGCGUCACCACUGACAAGAAGACUUCCGAGUUCACCUACCCCAAGGUGCACCCGAAGAAGAUCCAUGAUAAGAGCACGACGGAGCUGGUUGAGAGCCUAGUCAAAGCCAACGCUUCUGCCAACUCAAACCCAGGUGUCGACAUUGAGCAGAUCGACGCGAUCGACAUUACCAACAGCACCUUCAUUGAGCGCAACUUCACCGAAUCUGAAAUCGCGUACUGCAGAAAGGCGCCAUCACCACAGUCCAGCUUCACAGGCAAGUGGUCUGCAAAGGAGGCCGUCUUCAAGAGCUUGAAGGUUGCCAGCCGGGGUGGAGGUGCUCCACUCAAGGACAUUGAGAUCUUGAACGACGAGAAUGGCGCGCCAACAGUGACGCUCCACGGAGAAGCACGAGCCGCUGCUCAAGCUUCUGGUGUCAAGUCGACCACGGUCAGCAUCAGUCAUAGCGAUGCACAGGUCAUCGCGGUUGCUAUCUCUGCCUUUUAGAUACCACAAAUCGCGCGUUUUGGCUUUUGAUGAAGCAUGUAUUGUACAGCGGGCAUUAGAAAUGCAUGGCCGAUGUAUAAUGGGCGUCGGCGCUUUGAUGUUGACGGGCGAGCGGGUGCGUAAUGUUUUCGGGUAUCUCGUGUGAAUCAUGAUCAUCAAAUUACAGAGUAUAGAAAGAAAGACAGCUUCAUUGCGCCCAGGUUCCCCUAACAAGAUCGUUCUCCGC